UAAAAAUCGCCACCUUCUUCUUCCUCUUCUUAACCUCUGUCACCUUAACGAACUUUCCGGCGAAAAAACCGAUGAAAAUCUCCACUAAAUCCAUCACUAGAUACUAAUAUUUCCCUCCACGAUCGAGUGAUGAAACUCUAAAAAUAGAAAGUCUCCAGUUCAAUCAAUUCUCAAAGCGCGCAAAUCAAGGAGAGAAGAGAGAAGAUGAGUAAGCGAAAUCCACGGAUCCUAAAGAUAAUCCUCUACAUGCUACUCCUCAACUCUCUCUUCCUCUGCAUCUACUUCGCUUUCCACUCCUCUUCCUCCUCCUCCUCCCCCGAUCCACAUCCACAUCAUCUCCCUUCCCGAUUCCACGUCAUCAAUAACAACAACAACCAAUCCUCGAUCCAGAAGCCGUGGCCGAUCCUCCCUUCCUACCUCCCCUGGACGCCGCCGGAUAACAACCUCCCCCCUCGCUCCUGCGAAGGCUACUUCGGGAACGGAUUCGUCAAGAGAGUCGACUUCGGAAGCACCUGGUUCCGAUGCUCUUACAGCGAGACGCUGCGGAGCUCGAUUUGCGAGGGGAGGAAUCUGAGGAUGGAUCCGGAUCGGAUCGUGAUGUCGAAGGGAGGUGAGAAGCUGGAGGAGGUUAUGGGGAGAGGGGAGGAGGAGGAGUUGCCGGAGUUUCGCGAUGGCGCGUUUGAGGUUGCCGAAGACGUUUCGUUCAAGAGGAACCGGAGGAUCGGAGGAGGUGGUUUGAGGCGGUUGGUGGAUGAUGAGAUGUUGAAUGAGUAUAUUCCAGAAGGUGGUAUUGGUAGGCAUACUAUGAGAGGUUUGGUGCGUUCCAUUCGUGUUGUUGCCAAUGAUGAUUUCGUUUGUGAUGAGUGGGUGGAGGAACCAACUCUGCUAGUUACUCGGUUUGAGUAUGCGAAUAUGUUUCAUACGGUGACGGAUUGGUACAGUGCUUAUGUUUCCUCUAGAGUCACCGGUUUGCCUAAUCGUCCACACGUUGUUUUCAUUGAUGGACACUGCACGACGCAGCUAGAAGAGACAUGGACAGCUUUGUUUUCGGGGAUCAGAUACGCAAAGAACUUCACCAAACCGGUUUGUUUUCGUCACGCUAUUCUCUCACCAUUGGGAUACGAGACCGCGCUUUUCAAGGGCUUGUCCGGAGAGAUUGACUGCAACGGAGAAUCAGCUCACAACCUCUGGCUAAAUCCUGACAACACAAAAACCGCGAGGCUCUCAGAGUUUGGUGAAAUGAUCAGAUCAUCUUUCGGGUUCCCUGUGAACAGACACCGGUCAACAGAAAAACCGCUGUCGUCUUCAUCACCCCCUGUUCACAAUGUUCUCUUUGUCAGACGUGAAGAUUACUUAGCACACCCUCGUCACGGAGGUAAAGUCCAGUCUCGUCUCAUCAACGAGGAAGAAGUGUUUGAGUCAUUGCAUCAGUGGGUUGCUUCUGGCUCCACGGGUCUGACGAAAUGUGGGAUUAACCUAGUGAACGGGUUGUUUGCGCACAUGUCGAUGAAAGAUCAAGUCCGAGCUAUCCAAGACGCGUCCGUGAUCAUAGGAGCUCACGGAGCGGGACUGACACACAUUGUGUCUGCGACACCAAACACAACGAUAUUUGAGAUUAUAAGCGUAGAGUUUCGGAGGCCACAUUUCGAGCUUAUAGCUAAGUGGAAAGGUUUGGAGUAUCAUCCGAUGCAUCUGGCGAAUUCGCGGGCGGAUCCAACGGCUGUGAUUGAGAAGCUCAAAGAGAUAAUGAAAAGUCUUGGCUGCUGAAAAAAGGGAUCUCCGGUGACCCCGUGAGUUCGAACGUUAGCGGCCACGGGAUGUUUUUGUAUUAUUAUUUUUUCUUCAUUUUUAGGUGGGUUAAUGUCAUGUCAAGUGUUGUAGAUUAGCUUUUGCUUCUUUUUUUUGUACCAAACAUACUUUUUGACCCGUGAGUUCGAGACUUAGCGGGCACGGGAUAAUUAUCAUACAGUCUUACAUGAUGUUUUCCUUAACAAUACAUUGUAUAUAAAGAACGUC